AUGCCAGCAGCACAGUCUUCAAAACCCAGCCCGUUUCCGAGCAAGUUCUUUCACUGCGACAUUUGUGGUCGUGCUUUUGCACUGAUAGGCAACAUGCAAAAGCACAGGAAACUACACUCAGGGGAGAAACCAUUCCCGUGCGAGGUCUGUGGCAAAACCUUCGGCCUCCGCGGCAACCUACAGAAGCAUCGGAUUAUCCACACUGGCGAAAAGCUGUUCCAGUGCAACGUCUGCGGCAAGGCUUUUGCCCUUCGCGGCAACAUGGAGAAACACAAAAUCAUUCAUACAGGACUGAAACCGUUUAGUUGCGAGAUCUGUGGCAAAGAGUUUUCACUCCGAGGCAAUCUUCAGAAACAUAAAAUCAUCCAUUUAUCUGACAGUGUCCGCAACAUUUCUAGCCGUAAACCUUUCCACUGUGAUAUAUGUGGCAAGAAUUUCUCUCAGAACCACACUUUGCAAAGCCAUCUGCAAUCCAUACAUGGAUCAGAUACCUGUCAAGUGUCUUGUCCUAGUUAA